ACAUGUUCGACAUGGGAAGAAAUCAUUAUAAUUGUAUUACUUAUGUAGAAAUCUUCGUGCUAUUUCAUCAACAUAAUUGAUGAUCAACUUUAUUACUUUAGAAAAUAGAAAAAUAUCUGUUUAAGAAUAUCCAGAAAAACACAUAAUGUCUCACCAACUUGGUCGUGUAGUUUCGGAGAUUCUCCUUCGCUAUUACGGUGAAAUAGUGCAGCAGGUCGGAAACGACCUAUUUUCCUAUGGAACUCGCCCUCUGGCAGUAAUAACCAGGAGCACAGGAUUGCCCAGAUCGCAGGUUAUAGAAAGUCUCCGAACACUAGUGAAGUAUGACUUGGCCACUUUUGAGCCGUCAGCUAAUGAAGUUAUUGCCGACUACCGGCUCAUCCCUGAGAAUGUGCUUCUUCUCAUUAGAUACCCUAGGUACCUCCUACAGAUGAAGACCAAGUAUGGCAGUGAAGCAGAGCUCCUGGUGGAAGAGCUGCUUCAGAUGGCCACUGCCACUGCCCAUGUCCUGCUCUUUACUAUUGCCAACAAAUACAAGGAUGAUAAGGAAAAAAACAUUUCAAUAAUAACACUAAAAGACACAUUCAUCAGCUUAGCCACUGCGGGCUACAUCCAGCAAGCUCCAGUGGCUGAGAUGAAGGAGGGCUCCGAGGUUCCAAUCCUCACACCAGUGGCGACUAUAGUGCCCGAGCUUGACAGCAGGGUGCUGUUACAAGCUAUGACAGCAGGCAGCCUGGCUGACGUCAAUGAUAAUGUGUACUGGAAAGUGAACUACGACAGAUUCCACCUGGACUUCAGAGACGACGUCAUGAUCAAAGCCAUCACACGGCGCAUCGACGAGAAUGCGGGCGAGCUGAUGCGGCUAAUGCUGGAGCAGAUGUACCUGUCGUCGGCGCCCUGGGCCGCGGAGUCCAACCCCGCGCCGGCGCCCGACCUGCGCGCCUCCUGCCGCCGCCUCGACCGACCGCUGCUGCAGCAACAUCUCGAACACUAUACGAGAGUUUUAGAGGAGAACGGGUGCGGGUUCAUCCGUCGCGCCGCCGACGCGGGCGGCGGCGCGUGGGUGGUGCGCGCCGCGCGGGCGGCCGAGCAGCUAGCUCACUCGCUCCUAGACCACGUGGUCACCGAGAGGCUCGGGGAUAAGGCCGCUAGGAUAUUCAGAUUAAUUCGCACUAAGAAAUACAUAGAAGAAGAAGACAUCCAGAAAUACGCCAUGCUUCCUAACAAAGAAUGUAAAGAACUCACCUACAAAUUAUUAGAAGAACAUUUCAUCAGCGUACAGCCGAUGCGAAAAGCGGCAUCUGCUGGUGGAAUGGCGAAGGCUGUCUACCUUUAUCACAUCGACUUGCAUGACGUGGCGCUAACGUGCACGGAGAUGUGCUACCGCUCGCUGCACAACGCGGCGCGGCGCGCGGCGCACGAGCGCGCGCAGCACGCGCGCCUGCUCGCCAAGCGGCGCCGCGUGCGCAGCAUCGUGCACGGCAUGCGCGCCCGGGGGGAGGCCGAGGCGAAUAUCGACGAUGUUGAAGAAACCAUAACGCCGCCGGAGCACCUGGUGCUGCAGGGCGUGGAGAAACGGCUGAAACAGCUGAGCGUCGCGGAAUUGGAACUGGACAAGUCGCUGUUCAUACUCAAGUGGUUUCUCUCCUACUCUUAAUAAAUUUUUGUGGCCUGGCGCGGACGUCUUGUUUGGCUGGGUGGCAAUGAAUAUUUUAACUGACGCGCCGCUAAUUAUGAUGUAAUUUAUCAGAAUGAGAUAUGAGGCAAAUAAUCUGGGAAUAGUUGUAAUUCUUACUUAACAAAAAUGUACGUUUCAACGCUUGCACGUUUACUCUAAGGGCUGAUUUAGACGGCACGCGAUUUCGUAUGCGAUUUUAGUUACAUUGAAGACUAUUGGUUACAUCCAAUUCAGCCGACCAAUCAAAUACCGCAAUGUAAUGAAACUCGCAUGCGAGUUCUCGCACCAUGUAAAUGGGCUUUAACCCAUUCAGGGCCAGCGACUCAGCGUAUGGGUCAUGCUCAAACAGUUCCGCAGGGCCAGUGACUCACAUGUGAGUCUUGAAUAAAUUCUGAUUUAAACUUAAACGAAACGUAAUUUGAUGUAAUAACGUAAGUAUCAUAUCAGCUAACAACCAUUUCUAUAAGGUAUAUUAGGUUAAAAAAUUAUAAACACGUAUUUUUAAUGAAAACAGGGUCUAGAAUAUUCAAGUUUGGUUUACUAUCAGUGCAAUAUAGUAAAUAUACUGAAAUUCUAGAUACAUAUGCGAUGCAAGCAAACAGAAAAAUCCAUAUUUAAAUAAAACAAAAAAUAUAUAUAUUUCAGAAGUUAUUGACAUGGCUCAAGGUAUGGGUCACCGUGGCCGGGCGCUACUUGUAAAAACUACUAAUGUUUCCGUAGCAGGCUAAAAUAAACUUUAUUGGCUGGUUUUAAAGCUUAUUUCAUGUUGAAGCUGGUUGAUAUUGUACCAUUUUACAACCGAUUACUGUUUGGAUGAUGGUAAGCCACAUUUUGUCGGAACCAAACCGUAGUAUAAUAAUAUUUUGUUUUGUAUGAGGGGUAAGGCAACUAGGAUUUUCUCCCACUGUACUUUUAUGUCAUAAUAUUUGGUGAUCGUUGUAUUGUAUCUUAGGCAAUUACCUACUAACAAUGAUGUUAAGGUUCAUUUUUUUCGUUUCAAUAUAAAACAAGGCGGUUGAAACAGUCAUCACUAACUAAUAUGUAUUGUAUUACAAAUAGUUCUUUAAAACAUCAUAGUUUCUACGGCAGAUUAGAAAGUAAGUACUAUAAUACAUUUUAAGUUCUCUAUUGUUACUAAUAUAAUGGCGUUUACCAAAACAAAGCUAAAUGACCGACGAGGUGUAAGCUUAUCGGACACACUUGGACACAAUAAACAAGGAAUGCAUCCGAGCGGCGGCGGCGGUAUUAUCUUUCAUGUGGUAUUUGUCACAAGAGUUCAAGAAGUGAUUCAUCCCAUCCCCCCUAUGUGAGAUGUAUUCUGGAGUAACAUGGGAAAUAUUAUUUAGUCACGAUUUAUUCGUGGGCGACUUUAUACUCCUCCUGUGCUGUUUAGUGAUUUCGUAUUUUGUGACUAUGGCUAUGGAUUACCGGAAUUUGAACCCGCCUAACCAAACUGCAAUAAUUAGUUUUUUUAUAGGCACAGAAAAACGGUGGUUAGUAAAAAUGUUGCAUAAUGCUGUUCAACUGGCCGGCUUCAUAAGCGGCGAUUUAUUUACCGUGCGCGCCAGGCUCGAGACCCAUAAGCUGAGUCAUACGUUUUAGCUAAAAACGGUUUGUAUGGUGGCCCGGCGUAUUGUGUACGCUCAGCGGUUCGUGGCCAUGAAUGGGUUAAGGGCUCUUUUAGACGGCGCGCCAACUGGCAUGCGAUUUUAAUUUUUAACAUUUCGGACUAUUGAGAUUACACCCAGACUACUAGUCAAAUCAGUUUCUUUUUUCGAACUGUCAAAACGAUUCUGCUACUAUGGAAUUUAUAUGAAACCCUAGCAUGUGACGUCACAAUCAAAUUACCUACUCUUUAUAGUUUUAUACGGGUUUUAAAAUAGAAAUUGUGUCUAAAAAUAACUGCUGUCUUCGUUUCUCUAUUAAUCUUCUGGUGCUUUAUUUCAUGCAUGGUGUAAAAUAUUUUUUUUAAAUACAGCCAAAUACCCUAUUCAGCCGAUUGCCGAUCACAUACCACAUUGUAAUGAAACUUGCAUGCGAGUUCUCGCACCGUCUAAAUGAGCCCUAACUCUGCGUUUGCGUAGUUUGAAGUUUUCCUUACUUCGAUAAUCAAUCUUCGUGUUGAUAAGAUAACCCUUGCCCUGAGGAUCGCUGGUUCACCACUUUUUCCACAUGUUUUACAUUUAUGGUUGACGGUGACGUUAAUUACGUUGUACUGAAAAUACACUGUGUAUUAUAUUUUUUAACUAGGUUUACUCUAAGUCAAUAAAAAACUUUGAUAUGUUCUUAAAACUUUAUUUCACCCCAAUGAAACUCAUCGAAACGAAUACAACCUAAUAGUGUGCCGUUAUCAGUUAUAAUUACAAAACUCUCGACUAUCUACAGAAACAGUCGCUUUCAACAUAAUUGAAAUGAAAUACGAUAUUUUGAAGCAAAUUCUACCCUGAGUUAAUUCAGUUAAACCAUAUGGACGAAUAAAACAAGAAGACAGACAUGUCUACUA